CCAAAUUUCAUUAGAUUUCAUGUCAAGACUUCACACAUUUUUCAAAGAUGAGGUUGGCUGCAGUACUUUUGUUUUUAGCAACUGCAUUUGCAACUUGUCAAGCAGAUGGCUAUAUAGAGCAAGUGACCCAAGACAUCCAUCUCCUCCGACCUCGAAUGGGUGCUGCUGGAUAUCUGCUUCAAGGCGUUAACUGCCUCAGUUGGCGUCUUGCGGUGGAAACAAACAACAUUCGCAAUUGGAAACUAGUGCCCGAGAACUGUGAACAGUAUGUUGGUCAUUACAUGCUAGGCAAGCAAUAUCGUAAAGAUUGCGAAAUUGUGGCAAACACUGCAAUUGAAUAUGCCAAGAACCUCACUCUCGCCGGUGAUGGAAAGGAUAUUUGGAUCUUUGAUAUUGACGAAACCACACUAUCUAAUUUGCCAUAUUAUGCUCGAUCUGAUGUGCUAUUUGGGGCAUUACCAUACAACAACACAAAAUUUGACGAAUGGGUUGCGGAGGGAAGAGCGCCACCAGUUCCAGGGUCCGUGCGUCUAUAUCGAACACUGGUGUCUCUCGGGAUUAAGAUUGUCUUUUUAAGUGGAACAGCUGAAAGAUUCAGAGAGAUUAGGACUUCUAAUCUAAAAGAAGCUGGCUAUUAUAUUUGGGAAAAGCUCAUUCUCAAGGGAGAAGCUGAUCAGGGGACCUCUGCAUUGGUGUACAAAUCCAAGAGGAGAACAGAAUUAGUGAAUUCUGGAUAUAGAAUUCUUGGAAAUAUGGGAGACCAAUGGAGUGACAUACUUGGGGAUAAUUCCGGUGAUCGAACUUUCAAAGUGCCCGAUCCAAUGUAUUACAUUGGUUGAGUAGUGAUUUUAAUAGUGUACUCUUAUGUCAAGUUUUCUCGUACCGUACCGUCCCACUAAGUAUUGGAAUAUACGCAGAGCCUUCUUCAAUUUUAAUUAUUAAUAAAAUGAUGUCAUGCUUGACAUAAGUUGUGCGUUCUUA